GCUACGUCUCUCUGUUUCAUCCUAGUGUAUUUUGGUAGUCUAAUAAUAAAUAUAACUUCAAAAAUAGUAGUACUCUGUCGGAGCAAUUGUGAAUGUAAUUAACUUUUUAAAAAUAUUAGCUUGGUUAAAUGCUAGUUAUAGUUUGAUUGGUUAAAUUCUAGUUAUAGUUAGCUUGCUUAAAUGCUAGUUUGCUUUUUACCUUCCUACCGCCAAGGAUUUGAUUGUUUUAAAUGUUUUAGAGGUGUUAUUAGUCUGAUUUGAUUGGUGUUGAAUGCAAGUACUUUGCUUUCCACCUUCCUAACUGCUCGGUUGAAAUGUAUCUUAGGUUAAAGGUCGCCUACUUAAGGCUAUGUGUUGCUAUUAGAGCGACACAGAACAUUCUCAAAACCAUGGAUCCUAAAACUAGUUAUACAAACCUCUUGUUUAGUCAAUCUCAGACUACAGUGGACCUUGAUUCACCCGAACCUUUUUGGUUGGGUAGCCAAGGUCCUACUGAGUCAGUUGUCGAGCCUGUUGUCGAGUCUGGUGGCGACCCUAAGGAGAGGAGGAAAUGGACUCCGAAGGAGGAUAAAAUCCUUAUUGGUGCUUGGCUUAACACCAGUAAGGAUGCUGUCGUAAGUAAUGACCAGAGGGCUGGUGCAUUCUGGAAGCGCAUUGUCGACUACUACAACGCAAGUCCGCAAUUGGCUGGGACAAUACCGAGAGAGGUUUGUUCCUGCAAGAAGCGUUGGGGUAGGAUCAACACUGACGUAUCCAAGUUUGCUGGAUGCUAUGACGCCGCUCUGAGGGAGCAGAGGAGUGGCCAAAAUGAUGAUGAUGUGAUGAAAGCCGCCAUAGACAUAUUCUUCAAAACUAACGACUACAAGUUCAGCAUGGAUCACUGCUGGAGGGAGCUGAGGCAUGACCAGAAAUGGUGCUCCACCUAUGGGCCUAAAGAAUGUGGAAAGGAAAAGCGCAAAGGAGACGUGGAGGCUGAUGGAGGAAAUGAAGCAGAGGGCAGACCUAUUGGGGUCAAGGCUGCUAAAGCUGCAUCUAAGAAGAAGAAGAGUGGUAAAGAAGAGUCUUUGGCAAAGAUACACACAAUCAUGGAAAUCAAAGAAAAGCUGUCUAAACAGAAGGUCCUUGAACGUCUUCUUGGGAAAAAAGAGCCACUCACUGAGAUGGAAACAUCCCUUCAACUCAAACUCAUGGCUGAGAUGUUAUGAGGUUCAGCAGUAGUCAGGUCCAGCAGUAGUCACGGGUUGUGAAGAUGGUCACGGGUUGUGAAGAUGGUCACGGGUUGUGAAGUUGUCUGAAGUCACGGGCCCUUCUUUUAUCUAGUUUCUGUAGUAUAAAGUAGUAGUCUCUUUGUUGUUGCUAUGUAUCUCGUUCUCCUACUCUCCUCAUCAUCAAACAUCUUCUGCUACUUCUUGUAAUAUUUGGAGGAAAGACCUUGCUGCUGUAAUAUUCGACUUGCUUCUGGAAACAUUUUCUGUAAUAUUCGACUUGAUCAGUUUAUCUUUUGGUAACAUUUCCAAUUCUAUUUACUUACUUCUCUUUAUAAUUUUGUCCGUUUAACAUUUUAUUAGCCGGUUUGAUAACAGACGUUGCUUCUCUUUAUAAUGACAAAUACAUAAAUAGGUUUCAUAACCUCUUAACAUAUACUCAAACUUGACAUAUACAUAAAUAGGUUUGGCAUUUGUUUAUCCUUAUCUAGUGAACAAACUUGAUGUUUAUUCAUGUGUUGUAAGGAUAGAUGUAGCUUUUAUAAAGUUGCUAUCUUGUCUAAAAUUGUUACAUUUUUAGAAGUGUAUUAAAUUUUCAUAAUUCAAAUGUUUUUUAAAAAUAGCAGUUGUUGUUGAUUUUAGAUUAACUUAUUGAAUGUUUUUAGAUAUGUCGUCAUCUUCAUCUGAUGAAGUGGAGGAAAGACUAGAAGAAAUUUUGGAGGAAUACACAGAAGAUAUAUUUAACGAGAUUGUGGAGGAUCAAACCAUCCCGCAAAGGAGACGUACUUAUAGAGAACGACACCGUGAAGGAGGACACGCGCGCUUAUGGAAUGACUACUUCAGCGAAGAUGCGACAUUCUCGUCUGAUCAAUUUAGACGCCGUUUCCGCAUGAAUAAGGAAUUAUUUUGCGUCUUGUUCAUAGCCUAUCAGAGUGCUUUUCAUUCUUUCAGCAACGAAGAGAUGCAACCGGGAGGCUCGGUCUUUCUGCACUUCAAAAAUGCACGGCAGCAAUUCGUCUGCUUGCUUAUGGUACUGCGGCUGACGCGGUUGAUGAAUAUCUCCGACUUGGUGAGACCACCGCACUUUCAUGUUUACAUAAUUUCACUAACGGAAUAAUACAUAUAUUUGGAGAGGAGUAUCUACGACGACCCACACCAGAGGAUCUUCAACGACUACUCGAUAUUGGAGAGACACGAGGGUUUCCUGGGAUGGUCGGGAGCAUUGACUGUAUGCAUUGGGAGUGGAAAAAUUGCCCAACUGCUUGGAAAGGACAGUACUCACGUGGAUCAGGAAAACCGACAAUUGUCUUAGAGGCUGUAGCUUCACACGAUCUUUGGAUAUGGCACGCUUUCUUCGGUCCUCCAGGUACCUUAAACGAUAUUAAUGUACUCGAUCGCUCUCCUGUUUUUGAUGACAUUUUACAAGGUAAAGCUCCGAGGGUAAAGUACAUGGUCAACGGACACAUGUAUAAGUUGGCGUACUACCUCACAGACGGUAUAUAUCCAAAAUGGUCAACAUUUAUCCAAUCUAUCACCUCCCUCAAAGUCCUCAGGAACAAUUGUUUGCUAAAUUUCAAGAAGCUACCCGAAAAGAUGUAGAGCGGGCUUUUGGAGUCUUGCAAGCUCGAUUUGCGAUUGUGAGAAACCCGGUAAAAACUUUGGAUAAGGAAAAGAUAGGAAAGAUUAUGAGAGCAUGUAUCAUCCUACACAAUAUGAUAGUCAAAAAUGAACGGGACGGAUACACUUGUAUCGAUAUAUCUGAAUUUGAAGAAGGAGACAACACUAGAACUUCACAGGUGGAAACGGAGAGACCUACAAAUCUGAAUAAUAUGUUUCCCAAUCGGAAUGAUCUUCGUGAUAGGAAUAUGCAUGCCCAAUUAAAACAUGACUUAAUUCAAAAUGUUUGGAACAAAUUUGGUGAUGAAUAUUAAUAAUUGUUGUAUCUUUAUUUUUAAUUAUUGUGAUUUUAAAUUUAUUCAGGCUAUAUUAUUGAAACAUUUGAUAAUUCACUUUUUAAAAAAAAAAAAAUUUUAUUCUAAGGACUUCUUAUUAGGACUCACCAUUGUAAACACUUAUUUGGUUCAGAUCCUUAGCUAUUUAACAAAAAAAAAAAAAAAAAUUUUAAAUUACUAAGGGUUCCACAAUGGGUGCCACCAUUGUGGAUGCUCUCAGACUCCACACUUCACACAUGUAGCCAAUAAAAUUUCCUUGGGACCCUCUAGACUCCACAAACGGUCUACCUUACCGUUAACGGAGGCGUUAACUUUCUCACGCGCUCUUCAGACGUGACACCACAUCAUUCGCCACGUGUAUAUCCAACAAGACCAGUUCCACAUAACAGAUUGCGCGUGUCGUCCACUCGUCUCUCGGUGGCUAAACACUGUCGUUUUAACCGCUUCUCUCGUCUUUCUCACUUCCUCUCCCCUCGGGGGCCUUCGAGAGUGUCUUCACAGAUUAACAAAAAAACAAGACUUGUCUUCACGUAUAUAGACAGACUCAAGCUUCCAACGUGUCUCUCACAUUCUAGUUUCCUCCACGCGUGUGAACCAAGCAAACACGUGUGGUUUAGUGGCUCUCAGUCUCUCUUGGGCUUAGAGUAGUGGGCUCGCUCGCUCACUGAACCAACCAUCUCCUCUCAGACCAUCACAAACAUUCCGCCACGUGUCCCUCCUCCUCUAUAUAUCCUCGCUCUUGUUCGUCGAUUCAAGAUCACAAAACCAAACCAAACACUAAAGAGAGAGAGAGAGAAGAUGUUCAUCGAGAGCUUUAAGGUAGAGAGCCCGAACGUGAAG